CUCUGGGCUCCGCGCUGCCCACGGGGUGCCGAGGGGCCUCUGGAGGGGGCGGGUUCUCUCGAGCCAGAAAGUCCGGAGCCGCCCAGGAAUUUUGGCUCGAACUGAGUGCAUUUCCUCUCGGGCUGGCCGGGUGCGAUCCGGGAAGGGCGGCUGCGGGCAGACGCGGCGCUGCGCUCGGCCGGGCCGGCACCAUGCGGCCCCUGCUCUGCGCGCUGACCGGACUGGCCCUGCUCCGCGCCGCGGGCUCUUUGGCCGCUGCAGAACCCUUCAGCCCUCCGAGAGGAGACUCAGCUCAUAGCACAGUGUGUGACAGACACAUGGCUGUGCAACGCCGUCUAGAUGUCAUGGAGGAGAUGGUAGAGAAGACCGUGGAUCACCUGGGGACAGAGGUGAAAGGCCUGCUGGGCCUGCUGGAGGAGCUGGCCUGGAACCUGCCCCAGGGACCCUUCAGCCCCGCUCCCGACCUUCUCGGAGAAGAUGGCUUCUGAGCCCUGGAGCUGGAGCCCAGCAGCUGGAGGUAGCGCACCUGCCAGGCAGCACCCACAGAACCAGCCCUGUCCUCUCG